CACAGUGUCAUGUGUAUGUACAUCCACUGUGCGUCGUCUUCAAGCUUGAACUUGUGAUCUUUCCCAACUCAAUGAUCCGCCUCAAUCACUACAGCUUUGGCUUCCAAAUUGGCUACUUUGCCUUUCAGCUGGAUAUCAUUUGGAACAGAAUCUGCAGCUUCAUGUGAGCUGCUCUUCUUCGUCUGUUGCUGCCACCGUGAAGAUUCCUGGAAUCCUGGCACUUCAAAAGUUCAGAUCAGAGUCAUCCGGCAAAGCAGGAGUCACUCCAACUCUGCAGUCUACAUGGGAGAGCCUGAGCAGCUUAUAGGACGGUGCACAUGCUUAUCCGUCCCGUCUCGCUCAAGUCACCACGGAGUCUGAACUUUUUUAUGCUCAUGAAGCGCAAGCUCCAUCAAACUUCGUCUCCACCCUCAGCAACUGCUUCACCAUCCAAGAGAACCGCAAUGGCCUCCAAGGAGCGUCUACAACACGAAGUACUCGCAUGGACGUCUGGGCAGGUGGGUAUGCGGGCACGUACCUUGCCCACCAUCACCCUCAACGCCCGCGAGGAGCAGCUCAAGACGCUCCUCCUCGAAGCGGCCAAAUCCAUCGACGACCAUGACUUUGAUGGUAGCACCGAUGCAACAACAGCAGCAGCAGCAGCAACUCAUCAGCCGCGUGACCGCCUCGUUCUGCGCUGGGCGGGCGGCUGGGUGCGCGACAAGCUGCUGGGCAUCACGUCGCACGACAUCGACACGGCCAUCAACGCCAUGACGGGCGAGGCCUUUGUCGACCGCCUGCGCGACUACUGCGACGUAGCCGCCCACCGCGAGCGCCACGCCCUGCAGCCCGAGGACAUCGGCCGCCUGCACACGGUGCCCCGCAACCCGGACAAGUCCAAGCACCUGGCCACCAGCACCAUCCGGCUGUGCGGCCUGGACGUGGACUUUGUGAAUCUCAGGAAGGAGACCUACACGGCGGAUAGCAGGAACCCCGUCGUGGAGUUUGGCACGGCCGAGGAGGAUGCCCUCAGGCGGGACGCGAGUGUCAAUGCCCUGUUCUAUAACCUGCACACGGGCGAGGUGGAGGACUUCGUGGGCGGGUUGGACGACUUGGAAAGGGGGCUGAUUCGGACGCCGAUGGAGCCGCUGCAGACGUUUCUCGACGACCCGUUGAGGGUGCUGCGGCUGGUGCGGUUUGCGAGUCGGUUAGGGUUCAAGAUUGAUGAGGAGGCCGAAAGGGUCAUGGCGGAUGAGAGGGUGCUGGGCAACUUGAGGGUCAAGAUCAGCAGGGAGAGGAUUGGGGUGGAGCUGGAGAAGAUGCUGAAAGGCAAACGGCCGGUCGAGUCGCUACGGCUUAUCGACAGGCUUGGACUCUAUCACGCCGUGUUUACGAACCCGGAGCGCGAGGAUAUGCCCCGGCCAGACACGACAACCUGGCGGGCGGCUUACGAGACCCUGGAGCAGCUGGAGACGACCAAAACUCCAGGAUCCAUCUACGACUUACUCGUCACGAAUGAAGAAGCGCGGUACUACGCUUGGUCGUUAGCAACCCUCACCCCAUGGGAGCAGCUGCCAGACGACCCGCCACUGGCGCCAGGAAAGCCCGCCUUGCCGCUGCCUAUGCAGGCGGCCAGAGGGGGCUUCAAGGCUCCCAACAAGCUGUGCGACAUCAUCACCGCCGCCCACCGCCACCGGGCCGCGAUCCUCGAGCUCCGGGAUGUGGUGCGCGAGAGGAGCCCAUCAAUGAACGAACGGGACCGCUUUGGGAUGACGAUCAGGGAGUGGGACUCCCGCGGCGGGAACUGGCGGCUGCAGGUGCUGUAUGCCAUUCUCGUUGAUGUGGAGAUCCGAGGAGAAGUAGGCAGCAAGGGAGGAGGAGGAGGAGGAGGAGGAGGAGGCGGCACCCUGGAGCAAGUGUUGGCGGAGUGGCAGCAGUUCCUGGACCACCUUGUCGAGCUGGACGUCAUGAACGCCCCGUCGCUCAAGCGCUUGGUGGACGGCAAGAUCCUGGCCAAGGAGCUGGGUGUGCAGCCCGGCGUUUGGAUGGGUGCCGCACUCAACGUAGCGCUGGCGUGGCAGUUUAGGAAUCCAGGGGCGCAGGAUCCGGCGGGCGCCAUUGACGAAGUGCGCAGGAGGAAACAGGAAUUGGGGAUCCCUUGAGUGCGGAAUGGUCGUUAAGUGGGCUUUGGACGGAACAAGACACUCAGAUGCUGCCAUCGAAAUCUGUUUGCGAUAAGGUAGUAGUGGCUUUAUUUAAAGCGUCGCGAUUUGAAAGAAUUGGAUUUAGUGGAGAGGGGCAUU